AACCAGUGGGUGGCAUCAUUGAGACCUUAUCUGAAGUGAUUAAACCACACAGUCCCUUUACCAGAAGUCAUCACUAAUUUAUUGAAGAUACAGAUAGUGUGCGUGAAACUUAAACCAAAUAUCCAAAGAAAUCAUUUGUCAGAUCACCUCGGGUAAUCAUGUUGUCGUGGUAACAUAUCAGUGGCAUGAUCAUACACACAACACAUCUGAUCAGAAAUAUGAACCAGAGACAGUUGGAAAACAACACAGACGAACAAAACCAGAACAAGUAAACAAAACAAAUCAAAUAUGAGUAUGAAGGAAAAACAUUAGCGAUGUGGAAAGUCCAUUGUGUAUGGGCACCAUGACUCAUCAGCUGAGGCUUUCAUAGCUUUGUCCUCUCACAUCCAGACAGAAGCACAUCCAGACUGAUAGCUCAAAAACCUGCAACAGUUCAGCUGCAAAAGGUUAUAAGUUACUGGCAGCAAAUGAACUUACAUUCGGGUGAAGAAGGUUAUUUUCUUCUCUCCAUGAAUUGUAAUUAAUUCUGGACUUUGCAACCGCAGGCAAACAGAAGGAGAUAGGUUUUUAUCAUCAUUCAUGCAUCCUCUGCUUGCUUUUCAAAUGUCUGCCCUAACAUUUGCCAGAGUUCAUAUUUUCUUAUGCAAAUUUCAGGAAAUAUUUUUCAACUAAACUGCCAAAUCAUGCAGGAAAAAGUGUGAUUUUCAUUAUUUUAGAAGGUAUGUUUAUACAUUCAUGCCAUUUCUGUUUUAUCAGAGCAUUCAGAAGAAACAAAAGGCCUUGUUGCCAGGAGCAACACAUGGAAAUUAGCCAUUUGGUUAUCUCUGACUCAUUUAGCUCUUUUCAGUUAUUGUCAAUGUGCGUGAAUAUAAUUUCAAAUUGUAAACAUAAGCAUUAUUUCAUGAUUGUUCAGAUUGUGACAGAUUGCACCUGUAUCUGAUUUAGGUCCAUGAAUAACAGUGGCCUGAUCGGAGUUUAAAGAUUAGAUUUCAUUGGCUAUUCCAUUUAGACUGUCAUGAAAGUGAGAUCUGAGUCACAUAUGAGCGAAAAAAAAAAAAAGAUUAGACCUGGACUAUAUUAGCUCAGAUGGAAGAGCAAGAAGCCCGUAAACCAAAGCCAGAGUUCCCAACAUUCUUGUUGUGUAUACAACUCUUGACAGACGUAGUUGAUGCAAGCCUUCCCCACUCUCUUGUUUCCACAUUUACCAUCUUUUUUUUACAUCCCAAAAAUGUAUUUUUACUUCAAUUCAAUUGUGUUUUUUAAUCUUUAAGAUGGCCUAAAAGGGAUCAAAAAAUUUGUCUUUCACUGUGUCAUAUGUAAGAUGAACUUUGUCCCUUCUGUUGCAACAAAAUACUAAUUAAGAUAAACAUAAAUUAUAAACCUGGUAAAGUAUCUCUAAUGUCUGUUCCAAAUAUUUAUUUACCCACAGAAAUCUACCCCAAUAUUCUUCCACAGGCACGCUUUUAAUAAAAUCUAUUGGGAAAUGGGAAUCUAAUUAUUGGACGAAUCAUUACACAAGUCAUUAUAGAAGAGUGAAUGGCCUGACAUGACCGAUUACCCUGACUGCAAUGAGGACUAUGGUGCUUUUCACCUCAAAAAUGCUCGAACCAUUAGGCCAACUGGAGCCUCUCAGUGUAUUACAAUUCAAGUGUUAGUCCUACUCUAUCACAUUUUGUGUGUAACUUGACUCUGCAACAAUGAAGCAAAACCACAGGAGGAGGUGCAAUUGCUCAAAAAGUGGGAGUGGGAUUAAUUUUUCAUGCUGAUGGAAAUCAAUCCUGUCAUUACAUCAUCACAGGAGUCGAUUCGUAAUGCCACGUAGAAGCUUAUUUCUCCAGUUUGAUAGGAGAUUUCUAAAGAAUACUGAUGAAUCACAGAUGUAUCCUCUGAGAGCGCCUGUUUUUGAAUGAGUUGUCAGCAUUGAAAUUAGGAAGUCAGUUUCAACUGUGAUAAUAACCCCUCAUGAAAAUAAUGUAUUAAAAGAUUAGAAAGUCCAUGAUUGGCAUUUGUCUGGCAGAGUUUGGACUUAACCUCGGGUUGUCUGAAAAAGGUGACUGAGAUUGGCGACAGUGGGCUGCAGCUUGGCUGAGGUCUGACUGGACCCUGGAGCUAAAGGAGAAAGGUGAGAGGAACUCACUUUGUGUUUUACCAAGUAAUCUCAGGGUGCUUCUCCAGCUGGCUUUGAGAUUUCAAAAUAAAAGCAUAACCUUUUGUAAUUAAUUGGAGACAGUUCUAAAUCACAGCUAUGGUAACGUACUCUUAUUAUAAAUGUAAGGAAACAAAGGACUAUCAUGAAAUUUGCAAAAGACAAGGAAACUUCCCCUUUUUCAAAGAAAUUUAGAGAAAUCCAUGAAUUUAUUGUUUGUACUGUCACAGCUUUGUCUGAGUGCUGGAACUUCUUUCAGGCUUCCUCCAUCUGUUUGAGGUCUGAGAACUUCCCCAGAGCUCUUGGCCCAGCAUUUGGAGCGGAGCUGUAGGAAGCCUGACCCGACUCCACGGACUGGAAGAGGACCGAGGCCUCUGGCUGCAGCACAAUUAUCUUUGUCACAGUAGAGUGAGCGGCUGGGCUGCUGGUGAGGCACUGCCAGUGUCUCCUCACAUCUCUUUCAGCUCUCUCAGAGCCCAAGCCAGAGUGCAUGAGGCUGUGAAGGACCAUGCUGCUUUGCAAUUUCUGUAGACUGAGUCACAAACAGGUUUUCCCUCCAAAAGCUACGAUUUCGUUGUUGUUGUUGUUGUUGAGAAAUUACAAAGAGCAUUUUUGGAUGCUCGAAGUCUAGUCACCAGUCUUAAAAGAGAGGAGCCUGUUUUGACUUGCUGAACUUUUAACCGAGUGCUUAAGGCCCUCACUGAUCUUCAUCUGCUGUGUGGAUGUGUCUAUCGGUUGACAGUUGGAACUAUUUCUGCACAGCCACAGGAGGGCCCUGUUUCACUCUGUUUCAAUGAAAACCUGAAACCUCUAUCAGCUGGUCACAGCUUUCAGCAUCAUUAACAUCUGGGCUGGAGUGGUGAAGUAGUGUUUGCAGAAGUUUAUGGGAACAGGAUAACACAGAGUCUGCAUGUCUUUGAAGGGCUUCUUGGGAACAGGAAGUACAACGAUUACCAUAGUUGGCGUGCUUUGGCGUCAAGUCCCUCUCUCUGCUUUUCCUGUUUGGAAUUCCUCAAGGCUUUGUCAAAACCUUGUAUGAUUUCCUUCUGAUAAGGAAAACUGACGGGGAAAGAGGUGGGGUGGUGAUGCUGUGCCAUUUACUCUGUAGAAUAUAAACACUGGGGUGCAAAAACAGCAUUAUUGUAAAGAAGAUAGUCCAUGUAUGGAUGGCAAAACAGCUGAAUGCACUGGAGGCAAUUAGAAAAAGCUGUAGCAUCUUUUUACCUUAUAUGGCGCUUUCCAAAACUUAGUAUGGCUUGUGGUCCACAUUUUCAGCAUUAAAGUCACAAGCUUUGAUGUUUUGAUGGUUUGGCUAAUAAUAAGAAACUAGCCAUCCUCCUGAGGAAAGAAAGAGAGAGUCAAAGUCAAAGGUUUUUAUUAGUAUCAUAUUAGUACAAUCCCAAUAGAUAAAAAAAAAAUGUGGGAUUCUAAUAAGAAAAUGAAUCAAUAAAACCCUGUAUUUGAAUGAAAAUAGUUCACACAAAAACAUAUCUUAUGCUUUUCCUAUCAUCAGGGAUGCUGGCUUUUCAACUGUGCUGUGAUAACAAACUGGGUAAUUCCUCCCAUCGUUCCAGCAGAGAAAGUUGCGUUCAUGAUUUCCAAAAAGCCUGUCAAGUUUUGAUUCAUUAGACUCCAGCACAGUUUUCUGCUUCACUUCAGUUUAUGUUAAAUGUACUCAGCUUAGAAAAGUCUGCAGUGUUACUAGAUUGUGUAAACAUAUGGUGUCAUCGUUGCAUGUUACAGUUUUCACCUGCAUCUGUGUUUGCAGCGAUGCACAGAUGACAGUUUUUGGACAUGGUUUCAAAGUCAUGCAGUGAAAUCUCCAGAUUUCUGCAUCUUCUAACAGUGUUUUACGCUGUAGGUGAUGAAAUCUCUGAGCGCUUUACUAUUUUACACUGAGGAACAUUCAGUCUGAAAUCAUUGAACUAUUUUUUGUACUUUUUCCUGCCAAAUAUCAGAAUCAAAAUGUCUGUUUUGUCAAAAAAAGGAGAAGAUACCGCCUAUCUUCAAACUACAAAUGUUUCUGACAUUUUCUUUUACCUGAAUCAUGUUCUUGCUACAUCCCUUUUUCUGUUGGAGGCAACUUUUUGAAACUGUUCAUGUGUGUGUAACCAACACCCCCAACUUUUUUCCUAUAUAUGGACAGCACAGAGCACAGAAGUGGGUAGAAUGAGAACAGUUAAGCUGUACUUGAUGCACGGACCAUCGAUCAAGUUGCUUUUAUCACCAGGGGACAUAAUUUAUGUGCCUCUCACCAUGUGGAACUACUUACGCAUUCCCCUUCAUGUAACUCCUUCCUUACAUUCUUUCUCUGACCAACUCUGUGUGAAAUGUGUCCAUGUAAAACCACAACAUAUAAACUCAUUUAUUAGAUGGAAAACUAUUACACAACAAUUGUUAUUGAAUUUACAAUAGGAGCUUACUUCAGAGGAAUAAUUGGGUUUUUAUCAAAGUAACUUUUCAGCUCAAAUGCUUCCUGAUGCUGAUACGUAUUUCUUUGCUUACGUUUGUAACUAUAUACAUUUUUAUGGUUUAAUAGCAGUAGGUGCUAUAUUUUAGAGACAAACAAAUGUAGAGUACAAUGCCUUUUUUUUUACUUGGGCUUGGUUUAACUUAAUCUUACUGGGCUCUACUAAGCGGGGGUAUGUCCGGAAGGGUCCCAUGACUGGCUAUUUGGGCAAAAAUUAUUUAUCUGGAUAAUGAUGCGAUAGGUGUCCAGUAGUUUUCUUUACAUGUUUAGCAUGGUUGUUGUUGUUAUUUUCAAGGAAGCUGCACAUGGCUAUGAUGUUAUAAGCGUGAGCCGACGUGAGCCAGGACGUCACAGGUUUGACUGUUUUCAGCGUUUUUGUACUUUAGACGAAAGCGGGACUAGCAGAGCGUUUACAACAUUUCCACUCUGGAGAGGGUUUUCACUUUGUUACGUUUUCAUCUCCUGAAAACGCAGUUGCCGUCUAAACGGACUCCCCUAAACGAAACGAAAUUUUUCCGUUUUCUAUGGAGACCGUUUCCGUCUAAAAGUGUCCUUUAUGCCCGUGUUAGUUUUGUCCAGUGUGGACAAAUUGAUCCCCGGCAUGUCUUUGUUAACCUUUCCCUGUACAUUUGUGUUUUGUCUUUUGUAACAGUCAUAUGUAUCCCUCAUAGACAGUCUUCACUGCAGAAGCUCUGAACAAAAGCUGAUAGUGCAGGACAUAAAUAAGGACCUAUCUUACACUUACCCUUCUGCAGAGUUUUGGGAUAUUAAAAAUAGCUAUAUAAAUCUGAUCAAUCUUUAUGCUGGUUGACUUCUUUGCUUUUUAGGGCCAUAAAAAAGCUUAAGUGUUAUUUCUUGUCCAUUUCAUGACAAGUUCAAAACUCCUUACAGGAGCUUUAACUGAAGAUGAAGUUCACACGCAGACAUCUGUGAUUCAGUACAAUUACAGGCAGGUCUGUCUAGUAAUGCCUUCGCUCUGUUGUCUGUAUGCCUUGCAUGCAGCAAACGCUGUCUGUGGAUCUGUGUUUACAUGUGAAAUUUCUAAAAAUGGAUAUUAAUUUUCUUGUGUGAAAGCCUGUGUUUGCUCCAGGCGAGGAAGGGCAAGUUUGUUUAUGAAGCACAUUUCUGCAACAAGGACAUUUGAAGUACUUUAGAUAAGCAAAAGCAAAACAAACAGCAAACCAAAAUAUAACGAAAAAGCAUGAUAAGGAUUAAGACAGGAAAUAAAACAUCUUGAACUGAGGCUUAGAAAAAAAAGCAAUUGAAACCAUAACAGAAAUAGUGAAGUGAUAAAAAGCUAAAGUAGCCAUGAUAAAACUUGUCACAAAAUAAUCAGAUAUAGGUCUUCGGCCCUGAUUUUACAAACUAAAAAAUUCAGCAGACCUGUUGUUUUCUUCAAUAUAUGAAGUACAGAAAGUGACCGCUUCUUUUCCAUGUUUGGUUCUGACUCUGGGACAGAAAGCAGACCUGACCCAGACAACUGGAGUGGUCUGGAUGGUUUGUGGAGAAUAUCACGUAUAUGCUUUGGCCCCAAAAUAUUCAGCUCCUUAGAAACUGGCAAAAGUAUUUCAGAAAUUACUCUCUGACGGACAGGGAGCCUUCGUAAGUACUUCAGAGCCAAUGUGAUCCACUCUCUUGGUUUCGAUGAGAACUUCAGCAGCAAUGCUCUGAAUCAGCUGCAGUUGUUUGUUUGACUUUUUGAGAAACUUGUUGAUACUGUAAUCAAGUUGAAUGAUGAUAACGCAGAGCAUGAGCUUUGAGUCCUUUUAAGUUCAUUUAUUCUUGAUUUCUAAUGAUACUCAUAUGCCAGCAUUAAGGGCCUCACUUUGUUUUUUAGGAUCCCACGACUGGAGUCCAAGACUACACUCAAAACUCUGGCUCGAUCUGUGAUUUUCCACUGGAAUUGCCUGAAGCUUUGAAGGCACAGGUUUGCUCGCUGAAAGAUGUGCUACACUGAUCAGUCAUAACAUCAUGGCCAUCUGCCUUAUAUCUUGUGUGGACUGUGUCUGGAUGAGACUCCACCAGACCUGUAAGGAUGUGUUAUGGUAUCUGGCGUCAAGAUGUCGGCAGCAGAUCAUCGAAGGUAAAAAUCAUGGAUGCAUUGCAAUGACGCGAGGUAGUAAACAAAACCUUGAGAGACAAAGAAAGGAUGUAAAAAGAUGAAACUUUCCUAUCCAACAAAUAAACAAUACAGAGUUGUAAGAUCCAGUUAGCCUCUUGUGAACCCAUUUCUGUGGCAAUUUGCAUCUUUUAAUUCAUUCAUUUGAGAGUUGGGGAGUGAUUUUUUUGUUGUGUCUUCCCCUUGUUUCUCACUCUGGCUCCUCUGGCAUGUGCGCACCUGCACCUCAUCUCUAAUCACAGCUCCCACUUAAGCACUGCUGAGAGGCUCUUCAGCGUCAGAUGAUUCCAGCUUCUUUGGGGUAUCAGACCGACUGACAUGAGAGUCUAAAGUUUGUAUAAAAUCGCUAUUUUUGUGAAUUACCUUUUGCUUACCCCGCUCUCCUUUUUUCUCCUCCACGAGCCCAUUCUGCUGAGCCUCAACCUCUGCCACGCUGCCAACACUCUCGCACCGGAUCACUCUCUCACCUCAGAGCCUCCUCACACCCCGGACCUUAGAUCACUUCCCUACCUUCACCACCACAAACAAUAAACCUUUCAAAACUUCCUCUGCAUCCGAUCUGCUCUUGGGUUCAGCUUUAAAAACACCAAUUAGGGAAUCGUUACAAUUUCAGCUGAUUUGAUUAUAAAGCUGAUUGGGGGCGUGUUCUGUGAAAUCGCCUAGUAGAGCUUUAUGGUAGGUUGACCUGCAGUUAGGCCCAUGUUGUCUAACAGCCAUCUCUGAAUAAUGGAUCCAACAGUUUUGUUCUUGCAGGGCAUGGACCAACACUGAUGGUAGGAUAAACAAACAUUGUGGACCUCCAUCUAACUUUGUGCCUCCCUUUAACUGUUGUCGUGUUUGUUGUGCACAUUUUUUCCACAUGACAGUUCGUAGAGUGUGUGCUCAGCUGUCCUCACACAACAGCAGAGCUGAUUGUUAAUACUGAACAUGUUUCAUAUUUACAAUUUCAAAUAGGUGUGGCUUCAAUCACAGUUCAGGGGGAGUGAAACCACACUCACAACUCAAAUCUGGCACAAUAAGCUUUAGAGGAACCAUCAUCAAGCCUAGAGGGGGGAAAUCAGGCUUCAUAGUCUUGGAGGGUGUGCCCAACUUCAGUUACCAACUUAUUGGAGAUGCAAGCAAGCUACCUGCAGCAAUCAGUCUUAGUAAGUUAGAUGUGAGCUGCAGUGAGCAUCCGGGUUUUUUCCACCCGUUUUCAAGGUGUUGCAGCAAUCCUCUAAUAUUUCAGUAAAUAAAUAACUGAAGUCAGAUUUAGAUCUUCUUUUCUUUUCUGUUGUUUCAUCCAUGCUGGAAUUAUCAGGUGAAUAGGAAACCUGCAGACCCUCUGCAAGGGUGAGUGUUUUCAAAAAGCUAAAUGACCCUACUUUUAGUGAAACUGCUCUCCAACUUUUGAGGCCAAUCCACUAGCCUCUAAGCGAGGGUAGAUGAAACUUCACUGGACAAUCAUUUAACAAAAGAUAAACCAGAGCACACCUAAAAGACACACCCAACCAGUAGCAUUCACAUAUCAAAAGAAUUAAAGGUGUCAUUUACAAGUGAGGUCCGCUGCUGGUCACAUGGUCCCUCUUCUCCGGUUUCAUUCAAAGAAACUUUACCCCGGAAGUCCAACCUUUGAAAAAGAAAAAAAAAAAAAAAAAAACACUUCAAUGAUUUGUCCUUACACAUGUUUGGUAAUGAACACACACACAAAGCUGCCAUACUGGCUUUUCUUGAUUCCUGCUGUGACUCUGGCAGUGAGGAUCAACCUACGUUUGGCUGAGCGUCAAAAGGGGAAUACUUGUUUGUGAGGAUAAAAUGACUCAAAGGAGCUGACAGUGGGAAUUAUGUUCUGAAAGUGGAAAGACAGACAGGUAAAGUGUGUUUUAAAUCUUUUUUUGUGUGCUUCUUUUAUCUCUAUCCACCUUAUUCCUCUCUGUUUCUCUUCAGCUUGGAUGUUUUGUCUCGCCCACAUGUUUCCAACUGUCUCUUUUGUCUUCUAUCGCAUGCGUUUCUGUGUCUCCCCCCUCUGUUCUGAGCAUAGUGGGACAAAGGGAGCUGGAUAUGUGUGUUUUUAAUUGGCCUUCCGAUAAAGCUGCCUGUUUCCUGUGUACGGUGGGGCCGUGAGUGGGCUGUGAUUUGUAGGGGCAGUCUGGAAGUAGAGGCUCCUCCUGUCAGCAUCUGUGAGGAGCUUCAUGCUUGUAAAACUGAAUACAAAACAAACCACAACCAAGAAGACGGACUGAUGAGUGCUUAUCUCAAACUUUAAUUUAACUCUUUAAGGAUGGACAAGGAUGGCGAGAAGCAGAAGACUUUUGUAUCAACUUUCCGUUUGGCCCUCAAGCCUCAAACUCAACUGCUCUGUGUGAAGAAGCAGAAGGAGGAUGGAGUGGACACUCCUGACAGGACGUUACUGGGAAACAACAAACAGGGAGUCUUAUCAGCAACAGGUAAACAGGCAGUACGCUGAUUUUUGGACUUUUUAUUAGCGUGUUUUAAUUUUUAGAGUAAACAAACUCACCUCAUCUAACAUUCAGUUUAGAAAUGACCUAAUUUGAUCCUAUCAACCAGGGAUUUUUGCAUUUUGUAGUAGGUAUUAUACAGCUGUCUCCUAUGAGGCUUGGCAGACUUUACUGUAGGUGCAACUCCCUGUUAAACUCUAUUAUUAUGUGUGCUGUCAGAAAUGUCCUCAAGCACUAACGAUACUAUGGCAUGGCAUGCAGUGUGCUCCUUUUUUUCUUUUCUUUUUUUCACCUAAUGCACACACACACACACACACACACACACACACACACACACACACACACACACACACACACACACACACACACACACACACACUAACACACUCACUCAGACUGAUGGCAUUCCUACAUUCACUGCUGACCACCCAUCACCCACCCUGCCGGACAUUCCAGCGCUAACAAACACAUGUGCAAACACACAUGUGUGUGUCGGCGAGGGGGUGGGGAUCUUGUAAACAUCAUGUCACAAUCCUCAAAACGCACAACUGGAACACACUCCAGUGGAUACAACAAAGAGUGACUGAUUGACUCAAUACAACACAUACGUACAUCUUUUCUACUGUCCCUUUUUCUACUGACACAUCCUUUGACAGUAUUUAACCUACUCAAAUCUUAAAGCAUAUCCACUGUAUAAUUCAAAGUAUUGGGUACACAUACUAAAAAACUCUUUGGUUGGACCUCUGCCGGCACAAAUCAUGUUGGCAGCAGGUUAGCUGUAUUGAUUAUUAAAUAAAUCAGGUUACAAGAAAUGCUAACUCUUGUAUCAUCACCCUUUUUGUGCCUUUACCUGUUCAACGCCCCCUCUCUCUCUCUUCAGCUUGUUAUGUGUAAACUGUAAACCCGCUUAUGUACACAAGGUUGUUUCCUGAUAAGACCAACUUCUGAAACCCUCAAAGAUGGAAACAUGUACACAGUAGGGGUCAAAAUUCAUAGUCUUGCUGAUCAGAAAAUAUAAGAAUAUGUAGGAUAUAAAACACAAAUUUCUUCCUUACUCAGUGUUUGUCUGUUCUACUGGUACUUUAUAUGUCAUUAAGGUGGAUAAGUUAUGUAAAUGAAACUGCCAGGUUCUGCUCCUCAAGUCCCUGGUCCAUUAAUAAGUUCCUUCCCCUGAGCAGGGGCUUUUUAAGGGGUAGAUCUUUUACCCCAGAACUAAAGUUAGACCCGAGUACCUGCAGUCAAAACGAGCACAGACAGUUCCUUAAAAGUUCCUGCAGCCAAAGAGCACCUAUAGUGCCUUUCAAGAACAAGCCAAUUAUAAGCAGAGAUUAGGAGCGGCUGUUUUGCGACAUAGCAUUAGCAAUGGGUGAUAACAGAUGGAUGGAAAUGUGGCAUGUUAGCUACAGUCGACUAUUUUUAGAGUUUGUGUUGAUCUAUUUCCUGCAAUGGGUGCUUAUUGUUGCAACAAGUCUUGUUUCUAUGCUAAACAGCCAUCCCUUAGCUUUGAGAAUAACUGAGGGCAUCCAAGCUAGUUUUUUUAUGCUAACUGCUAACUCUAAAAUAGCUAGCUAUAAACCUUUCACUCUUUAUGUGACUUGACUUCGUCUACACAUCUACCUACAAACUACAGAUUCAUACAAUUUGUUCAACUACACAGUAGGUUAUUUACGAGUUCAUGAACUGCAUUAUUUCCUGGGCAGAAAGGCAUGUAAAGCGGUUUUGCAUGACACAUCAGUGCCUCUGAAAUAUUAGCUUGUGAUUAAUUAUCUAAUGAAGAGUAUCCGCCCUUAUUGGUCUGCGGUGUUGAAAACAAUGGUGAAAACUCUCUGCAUUCCAGCGAAACAUUAACAAAAAAAAUUGCCUAUUGUCCCUCUUCUCCCCUUCUGUUCAGACGCCAGAUUGAAACCCGUCCAGACGCUGGACAAAGCUCACUUCAAACAAGCACUCAGCGACCGAACACUCUGUAAAGGAAGGGAUGCCACUCUUCAAGGUGUUAUCACUGGAAGUCAGCCUGUGAGCGUUUCCUGGCAACACAAUGGUAAAUGACUGAUUACUAUACAUUCAAAGUACGAUUUAAAUACCUCCAACCUACUUUCCAUUAAGAGCCAUGAAACCUUGCUUGAAUAUAUGCGAACUAAAGCUCCAUAAGUGAAAACAGUCUGAAUACUUCCAUAGAGGAGAAUGCUACUGAUAAAUAGUCAAACAGGGAGAACCAUGACAGGUUUAACCUUACUUCAUAUCGAACGUAUAUAUAGAUCAGUGUGCAUUAAACCUGCUUUACUGUUUUCAAUCCAACAGCAGCAAAGGAAAUCCCCAAAGAGAGCAACCAUGAAGGGCACAGUGGAGACGCAGUUAAGGCUGCGUCAUCUAAAAACAAGAACUCUUCAGCGUUUGAAGGGAAAACACGGAAAAGAGAAGAAAAUAACAAAGGUUGAUCAGACUUUCUUAGAGUUUUGACAUUUCUUGUAGUUCUGUUUUUCUCGUUUUUCUUCAAAUGCAGUCUUUUUGCAUGCCACUGCAACCCAACUUGAAUGCUCUCGUCUGAUUGGUUGGACUCUUUUCAAUUUUGCUAAUUGCAGCACACACACCUGUUAGUCCACCUGCAUCCACAGUCUCCCCAGACAUCAGUGAUACUAGUCCUGACAGAAAAGACUCCACAAGCAAAGGUAGGUCAUAAGAAACUGACAUAAUAGCUUCUGAAACAAUAGUUUCUGACUCUUCAGGUGUGGUUUACUGAUUCACAUCACUCUGCUUCAUCUCAGUACCUCCGGUAGAGUUUGUGGACCCACUUGAGCAGGUAGAGGUUCAUGUAGGAGAGCAGGCCUGGCUACACUGUGAGUUCAGGAGCAGCUCUGUCCCUGUGGCUUGCUGCUGGAUUUUCAACAAAGACAAGGUUAAAAACAACAGAGCCCUUCUUGUUUUUACUAUUUUUGGAUGUAUUAAUUUUAUCCUAACCCAGCGACUGGAAGAAUUGUGUCCUUGUUUGCUCUUCAGGUGUUGGUAGGAGGGCCGAGAAUGUCUGUGAAGAGCAGUGAGACACAAAGCAGUGUGAAGUUUUCAAAGGCCUGUUCAGAGGACACGGGCUCGUACACUAUCAUAGUGCGGAACAGAAAAGGCUCUGCCCAACAUACUGUGUCCCUCAGCGUCGUAGGUGAGCACCACUUAAGUCUGCUAUCCAUUAUUUUGAUAUAUUGAAUUUUUAAAGUGACUUCUGUGAAAACGACAGUAUUUUGUUCACAAAUUUCUCCCCAGACCGGCCAGACCCUCCUGCAUCUCAUCCUGUUGUUUCCCAGCUGUCCAAACAGUCCCUGGUGCUGUCCUGGACAGGUCCCAGCUAUGACGGAGGCACUGCUGUAUUAGGCUACAUAGUGGAGGUCAGACCAGAGAAAGGCCCAGCCGAGCAUGGGAGCUGGACUGAAAUCGCGAGCCGCUGUAAGAGCACAUCUUACCACGUCCGCUCAGGCCUGGAGCCUCAGGGUCAGUAUCGCUUUCGUGUCAGAGCGUACAACUCGGCAGGGGUCAGCGAGCCAAGCCAGGAGUCUGAGUGUGUCAGGAUGGCAAGUGCGAGUAAGUGAUCUGAGGAAAGGUUUCAGGGGUUUUCAGGUGUCUUUCAGUGCCAUGUACUUACUCCUCAACUUUAUGUGUUUGAAGAGCCAAAGAAGGAAGAGCCUGAGCAGUACGUCACUGUGACCAUUGACACCAAACACAAGGUCAAGGAUCAUUACAGUGUGCAUGAGAAGCUGGGAGUGUAAGUAUGGGUUCAUUAUAUUUCAAAGAUGGAUGAAACUUUAAAUCAAGAUUAUUUUUAUGAGUCUCUUAUUUGUUUGUCUGGAUCGAAUGUUGCAGUGGGAAGUUUGGUGAGGUGUUCCGGAUGGUGCACAAAGAGACGCGUCAGGAGUGCGCUGGGAAGUUUUAUCGAGCCCGGACUUCGAAGGAGAGAGAAGCAGCUCGCAAAGAGAUCCAACUUAUGAACUGCCUUCACCACCCAAAGCUGGUCCAGUGUUUGGCUGCAUAUGACACACGCCCAGAGAUGGUCAUGAUCAUGGAGUAGUGAGUAAAGCUUUAAUUUAAUUAUAUUUGGUCUUUGUUUUUGGAGAUGAAGCUGAAGAUACUAAAAAGGUGUCGCACGUUUCUUUAAAGCCCUUUUGAGGAGAAUUUAACUGGUUUUGAAAUGGACUGAAAUAAGAAGCGAUGCCUCUUUUUAAACAUCCAAAAUCAAACACCACCAUCAGUGGCAAUUAGAGCAAAAAUAAGGGAAGAUAUUAGAUGUAAUGAUUUGCACCUAGGGGGCACCAAAGUCAACCAUUAACAAUGUUCACCAGUAUUUUAUGGUGAUAAUAAACUAAUAUUCCUGGCCCAGAUGGGGAAAUCGGAUUUUAUUAAAGUUGUUCAAUAUGUGAAGAGGGGCUUUAUUAGUGUUGUUUCUAUGCCCAGUAUUGCAGGUGGGGAGCUCUUUGAACGCAUCGUUGAUGACAACUUUGAGCACACUGAGCCCACCAGUGCCCGCUACAUGCAGCAGAUCCUGGAGGGCAUGCAGUACGUUCACAAGCAGAAUAUCGUCCACCUGGACCUCAAACCAGAGAACAUAGUCUGCGUGGACACAACUGGCACAAGGAUCAAGAUCAUUGACUUUGGCUUGGCCAGUAAACUGGGUGAGUUUGCUGGAUUUGAGGAAACAGUCACAUCGUGAUCUCAGUAGGAACCCUCAGUGGGACUUAAAUUUAACUUUUAUGGUCGCCCACAAGGGAGGCCGAAUAAUGCUCCCUGUGUGCAUUGAAAUGAAUGAUAUAUCCUGUGAGUUUUCUCGAAAAGUCACAAUACAGGGAAAUCUAACAGUCCUUAAAAGGGAGGAGUCGAUGCAUUUGUACCAAAUAUGGGAAAUGAAAUGUUUUCUCUUAUGGUUCACAUAGUCACAAAACAUCCCUGCUGUGUAAAACUUUUAGGUAAUAGACAUGCAUUAGCUUACUUUGCUGCGCUCUCAGCUAGUUAAAAUCAUAGUGUUUCUCCUAUAUUCCUAGAUAUCAACCCAUUACAUAAUAAGUCCCUAAAAAGAAAACAACCUCAACUCCAUAUAUGCGGUAAACCCCAUGAAGCCAACUCAGGCAGAAAAUUUGGUGACGCUCCAAAGGCAGCGACUCAAAACUUGGUGGUCUAUUUAGAGAAGCCUAAAGCUGUCUGGAAACAGACUAACACAAACAGACACAAACAAAACAUUCAGAGGGACAUUCUGAAUUUUCUGAGUCUGUUUUUUUUUCCUGUGUUUUCGCUUUCUUCAGAGGAGGGUAAACCUCUGAUGGUGAUGCACGGCACGCCAGAGUUUGUGGCCCCUGAAGUGAUCAACUAUGAGCCUGUGGGCUUGGAGACGGACAUGUGGAGCAUCGGGGUCAUCUGCUUUAUCUUGUAAGUGGCACAAAGGGUUUGGUCAUUUAAAGUGUAACCACAGAAACAUGUUUAAAAAGAAAAAAAAAAGAGAGCCAAAAUUCCAAGUACAUUGGUGUUUAUAGUUUAUCUUUUGCCAAUAGGAAAAUUAUAAAAAAUUUAUGUAAAAGAUCCUGAAAGCCAAAGGAAUACUAUCUUGCAUUAUUCCACUCAAGGAGAUUUUAAAUUAAAAUUAAAGUGUAGUUUAAGUAGUCUGGUCCACAAAUGCAGAUUUAGUGCCAUCUCCUGGCAUAAUGGUGUUACUACAGCCCCUAAACAUAGCACCUGUACCAAAGACUAGUUCUUCCAAUGCACAUAUAGUUUAAACAUAACAUAGAUGGGGGAAAUAUGCAUAAUAUUGUUGCAUCUGGAUGAACAACAGGUUAUUUGGGCUGAUAGGAACAUCAAUUGGCAUUUUUUUUGUGUGUCCAGGCUCAGUGGAGAAUCACCUUUCCAGGGAAACAGUGAUGCGGAGACUUUGGCUCUUGUGACCGCCGCACGCUACGAGUUUGAUCAGGAGAGUUUUGAUGACAUCUCUGAUCAAGCUAAAGACUUCAUCAGCUCCAUGCUGAAGAAAGACAGGAGGUUGUUCAAGUUUCUUCUAUCUCUUCUUUUUUAAUGAAAAUUCCCACAAUGUUUGACAUGAGGACCACUAUGUGGGAAAAAAACACAGCUAGAUCUAGCACCAGUGAAAUAAGCACUGGAGAAAUAGAUGAGGGUGCAUUCAUUAUCUCUAGUUGAUAAUGUCACGUUAGGAGUUACUCAUUUCUUGUGACAUUUCAAACCACUUACAGGUAAUUUGCAUCUUGCCAAACCAUUAGGUAAGCUUUUCAAGUGAGUCAAGGAGAGUUUAAUUUAUGUACCAGAUAAUCCAGAUUCAUCACAGUAAACCCGGAAGACGGCUGUCAGGAUCUGACUCCUUCUCUAUUCACAUGCACUCUAGAUGCAGGUUGUCAUCUACUGAGGCCCUCGCCCACCCUUGGAUGGUCUCUUUUACCCCUCUGAGCCGGAGACCCACUAAGUCCCUCAACAAGGGGAAGAUGAAACACUUCCUAGCCAGACGCAAAUGGAAGGUAACGCAUGAGAAAUGACCACAGCGGCCGGCUUAGAAUAUGCCAGAUGUACAGUUUCCUUAUCAGUCUUUGCCUAUGUCUUUUAUCCUACAUUGACCUGAAGCUUGGCUAUGAGUACAUCUUGUCAUCCAGUGCCAUUUGUCCUUUUAACUUCUAGAAAACUGGAAAGGCUGUUUUGGCCCUACAGCGGAUGGCUAACCUCUCUAACAGGCCAGACUCCCCUGGCAGCUCCUUAGAGGGUGAGACAGAUAAAAAGACUCACAUAUUCAUGCAUAUGCAAUGUCCUCUAAAGUCCUACAGCUAUGUACAUAUGGCAGAUGACUCACACUUUGAGAUUGUCAUUUCAAGUUUAACGUUUUGUGAUCAGUAAAGCCUUGUUUCCCUUUAUCCCUCUCUAUCUUCCCUCUCAUCCAGAGCCAGGCUGGAGCCAAGAGGCAGAGGAGGCCAUCCGGUCACUGGAGAAGCAGCUACAGAGUGAACCCCGCUUCCAGCAGGCCCUGAAGGACAUUACCCUUCCCAAAGGAGCGUCUACUCAGCUUACAUGUAUUGUCAAUGGUAGGGCGACAGAACUGUGGCACACUUCAUCAAAUAAUGUAACACUAAGGCCUGAAGCUAAAAAUGAUAACUGUUUGAAAUGUUCUUGUUAAAGAGAGCUAAACACAUUGAAUCACCAUAAUUCAUAUGAUUGAAUAUACAAUGACUCAGAAACCAUGUAUUUGAAAUUAUAUCUAAGGCAGAUUCAUCGAGGUAAACACCAAAGUCUCCUACUUUUUUGUAGCUUUCCAGUUAAUGAAAUCUAUCUAUUUUACAAGCACCACUUGAAUUAUUUUUUUCUAUGUGCUUCUUUGUUUUGCAUUUUUUUCUUACACACGAAAAGUUAACUGGUCGCUUAGCAACUCUGUGGGGAGCGUUAGCAGUAUUUCUGGUGUUAGCUUGUAGAUUAAGCUAACUAGCUGGUGUUCACUGUGGUUUGUAAUGUUGGUAUACUUUCUUUAAAGACAGCCUACUAGUGUUGCAUCAAAUUCAAGGGUGUUUUCACGAAAUAAUUCAUAUUAUUGAGUAUACUAUAUACAAUUCAUAUUAUUGAAUAUACAAUGACUCAGAAACCAUGUAUUUGAAAUGAUAUUUAGGCAGACUCAUCAAGGUAAACACUAGUCUCCUCGACUUUUUUGUAGCUUUCCAGUUAACGAAAUCUAUCCAUAAGUUUAAAAAGCUGUAUUUUACAAGCACCACUUAAAUAACUUUUGCCAAUGUGUUUUGAUUGUUUCGCGUUUUUUUCUUACCCAUGAAAAGUUACCUGGUCGCUUAGCAAGCCUGCGGGGAACCGUUUUUCAGGUUAGCUGGUGUUAGCUUGUAGGCUAAGCUAACUAGUUUUAUUCACUGUAGAUUUUGAUGUUGACAAACUUUCUUUAAAGACAGCCUAUAAGUGUUGCAUCAACACUUUAACCACUGGCAGCUUUUAAGCUAGCUUGAAUUGAAAAGUAACUGCUAUUUUAAGUGUAAGAAGCUAGAAGGCCAAGUAAUUGAUUAGCAUAGGGAACAAAGUGAAUAACCGUGAUUGCGUAGGUUAUAUCAACCUCUAACUACCUUUGCUUCUUUCUAUUUUCUUCAAAUACUGUUAUUUCUGUCUCCAAAACACGACAGUCACACUCGAGGCGUCAAAGUAGUAUUUCACAGACCAGUGGGUGCUUUCCCAACUGUGGUUAUGUUCAUUUUGUAAAGUCUUUGGUGUGAAAGAAUUUGGAGAAAAGACAGAUUAUUAUGUUGCUUAAGUCUCCUCUACUGUUGUGUAGCCUUCCAGUUCAUGAAAUCUAUCUUUUAUAUUUACAAAACUCUAUUUUACAAGGACACAAACACAUUAGCCACUGGCAGUUUUUACACUAGCUCGAAUCAAAAUGUAACUAUUUUAAGUGUGAGAAGCUAAGGGGCAAAGUAAUUGAUUAGCAUAGGCAACAAAGUGAAUAACCAUAUAACCGUGACUGCGUAGGUUAUAUCAACCUCUCACUACCUUUGCCUCUUUCUUUUUUCUUCAAAUGCUGUCAUUUCUGUCUCCAAAACACGACAGAGUCACACUCUAGGCGUCAAAGUAGUAUUUCACAGACCAGUGGAUGCUGUCCUAACUGUGGCUAUGUUCAUCUAGUAAAGUCUUUGGUGUGAAGGAAACUGGAGAAAAGACAGAUUAUUAUGUUGCUUAAGUCUAAAAUCAAACAAGUGAGAGAUUUCAGUUUAAUUAAACCCACAAGAAAAGGGAAAUAUAAAGUGUGGGUAAUACUGGUAAAGUUGGGUGUUGGAUUGAUGUUAGACUGUUUUUCUUAUUCUACAUUGAAGUUUCUUGUUCUUGUUUUCAUUCUAGGCUACCCACAACCUGAGGUAAAGUGGCUUCAAAACCAGAAGCCAGUGUCUGUAUCGGGCAGAGUGACCAUGGAGCAACAUGAAGGACUCUGUGCUCUGGUUGUGGCUGAUUUGAAGCCAUCAGACUCGGGGGUUUAUGUUUGCAAGGCCAGCAACAAACUGGGGGAAGCAAUGUGUUCUGCCAAACUGAGAGUGGAGGAGACGACAUAAGAUUCCCUUCAUUUCACUGAAGAAUCCUUGGAAGUAAACCGAUUUAAUGAAGUUUGGACUUUGUCACAUCACGGAAAGGUGGUCAAUUCACUACCACACAAAAGGGUGCUUCUACAUGAUUUCAAGGCAAACAGUGUUUUGUUGUGCUCUGCCAUCAUAAAAAGAAUAAGGUUUUGACACACCCAGACCGUUUUGAUUCACAACUCACCAUUACUAGUGCACUUACUUAAGUUUGUAUUUGUAUUUACUGUAUGUGUUCAAGUAAUGAAUAUGGUUUUGUAACAUUACUUCUGAUGUAAUAUAAAAUACAGCUGUACAUAAGCUCAGCAAAAUUAUUAGGUCACAGAAAUUGUACAUUUUGCACAUUUUGUUAUGGUUGUGUUCUUAUAGCAUUAAUAUUAAAGGCUGAAUUUUACAAAAUA